AUAGCUUUUACGACAUAUCGAAAUCUGGUUUUGCUCAAUAACGUGGGUCGGGAUGAUGAAACCUUGUCAACAUACCAUAUUUCAGUAAUAUUUUCAACUUUCUGGGCACUUUGAAACAUUUUUGAAACAGCAAAGUAAGACAUGGAUGUGAAGGAUUUGUCAAAUAAGAUGGAGUCUGUGUCAAUCUCUCUUUCACCAGAGGAGAAACUGAAUCUCAUAAAGAGGAACCUUCAGGAAAUAAUAGGUGAGGACAAACUAAAGACAAUUCUGAAGGAGCGGGAUGUCAAGGUGUACUGGGGGACCGCCACCACGGGGAAACCACACGUGGCCUACUUUGUUCCCAUGUCCAAGAUAGCCGACUUCCUCAGGGCAGGAUGCGAGGUGACCAUUCUGUUUGCGGAUUUACAUGCUUAUCUAGACAACAUGAAGGCCCCCUGGGACCUCCUGGCUUUGCGAGUUCAGUAUUAUGAGAGAGCGAUCAAAGCCAUGCUCAAAUCUAUUGGAGUUCCCCUGGAGAAACUCAAGUUUGUCAAAGGAUCAGACUACCAGCUCAGCAAAGAGUACACUCUGGAUGUUUACCGGCUGUCGUCAAUGGUUACGGAACAUGAUGCCAAGAAAGCGGGUGCUGAGGUGGUCAAGCAGGUGGGGAAUCCCCUGCUGAGUGGUCUCCUAUACCCAGGGCUCCAGGCUUUGGAUGAAGAAUAUUUAAAAGUGGAUGCUCAGUUUGGUGGUGUAGAUCAGAGAAAAAUUUUCACAUUUGCUGAAAAGUAUCUCCCCCAUUUGGGUUACACAAAGAGAAUUCACCUUAUGAACCCCAUGGUUCCCGGUUUGACUGGAGACAAAAUGAGUUCAUCGGUGGAGGAUUCUAAGAUUGACUUAUUAGAUUCCCCCUCUGCUCUGAAGAAGAAGCUGAAGAAGGCUUUCUGUGAGCCGGGCAAUGUGAAAGACAAUGGCGUCCUGUCCUUCUGUCAGCACGUGCUGUUCCCACUCCGAGGGAAAGAGGGUUUCCUUGUAAAGAGAGUUCCCGAGUUUGGAGGCGACUCCAUGUAUGCAACUUAUGAUGAACUAGAGCAGGCAUUUGCAAAAGAGGAGGUACAUCCAGGGGAUCUGAAGGCCUCCGUGGAGAGAUAUUUAAAUGAGCUGCUAGAACCAAUCAGGAAAGAGUUUGAAUCAGCAGAGAACAAAAAACUGGUGGCCCAGGCUUACCCAGUGGAGAAGAAAAAGAAACCCGGUCAGCAGGGAGGUGAAGCGGGCGGCUCCGAUGAACUGGUUCCCUCUCUGUUAGAUCUACGAGUCGGCAAAAUAUUGGACGUCAAAAAGCACCCUGAUGCUGAGUCACUGUACGUGGAGACAGUUGACGUGGGGGAGGGUGAACCGCGGACCGUGGUCAGUGGAUUGGCGGGGCUCUACCCCAUGGAGGAUCUACAGAACAGAAUGGGGGUGUUCCUGUGUAACCUGAAGGCUGUCAAGAUGAGGGGCGUGGUGUCACAGGCCAUGCUCAUGUGUGCCUCAGUAGAUGACCCCCGGGCCGUGGAACCCCUAGACCCCCCUCAAGGUAGCACCCCAGGGGACAGAGUGAUGUUUGAGGGACAUGAGCAGGGAAAACCAGAGGAGGAACUCAAACCCAAGAAGAAAAUCUGGGAGAAACUACAGGUGGAUUUGAGAGUGAAUGAGAAAAGUAUAGCAGAAUGGCAGGGCAAUGUAAUGAAGACCAAGCUAGGGAACGUUACAGCCAGCAGUCUAAAGUGCGUACCGAUAAAGUGACGGAACAAGCCUGAAUAUAGACUCAAAUUAAUAUCUGGAAAAAGUGCUCCAUUAUUUAUUGUUUCUGACUGACAGAAACCAGUUCUUCAAGACAUAUUCUAUCCAUGGGGGAUUUUUUUUUACACCAGACAUUUUCAUUUUCAGUUCUACUCAUGUAUUUUUUUUAAGGUAGGGGGAUUGGAGUUUGAUUUAUUAUUGAAUCAGAAUGUGAAAUGAGAGACCCUUGAAUGUUUUCUGGAGGAAAUUUACCCAUGAAUAUUUUGCUUUCAUGAAGAAACAAACUUUCUUUAUAAAACAAGUAUUACAUGUAUUAUUUUGUCAUGCUCAGUAGGUAUUUUUAAUGUCCUAUGUAAUACAUGUACAAUGUAUUUUUUUUUACUUCGCAAGAAAGUUCAUGCACCUGAUAAAGGGUCAUACGUUGAAAAUAAAUUUUGUCAAGCUAUUUUGAGAUAAAAUGAUAUUCGAUGAUUUUAUUGAUUUUUAAUAAAACAUGUGUCCACCUGUA